UACAUGAGUGAAAGUUGAUCGAUUACCGGCGAAAAGUAUCAAUAAGCGAUAAACAGACGCUGUUCUAAAUAAUUAAAAUAGCGUGAAAAUGCCAAAAUUUACUCGUUCCACGUGCUUUAUGUCUGACAGUGGAUAAAGGUAUCACAACAGAGUGCCAGUCUAUAGUUUGAAGAAGAAGAGGGAGGGAACGUGGAAACGUGCGUCGUGCCGAAAUUUCCUCAUAUCUACCGCAUUUAGCUUCAUAUUUCUGCAGGUCAAUACAGAAUGGAUCAUAACAAUUACAUGCAAAUCUUCUCUGAUACUAUUGAGAAUGUGUUUCAACCAGAAAAAACAAAGGAUACACUUAUAUUGAUGAAACAGAAAAUAUGGAAAACAAAUGAUUUAAUAAAACAAUAUACUGACAAAACAAAAGAUGUUGAACGUUUGAAAUUGAAUUUGGAAACUAUAAAGAAAGAGAACAAACAUGUAAUGUGUAAUUUUAAAUCUGUUAUGGAUAAGUCAAAGGAAUUAGAACUUAAUAUUACAAAGAUUAAACAAGAAAAUAAUGAACUUAAGAACAAUAUAAAAGAAUGUGAAGUAUUGGGAGCUGCUGAUAAACAAAAUAUACAACAAUUAACUUGUAAAAUAAAAGAAAUGGAAGAUGAAUAUUCUGCUAAAAUGAUGGAGUUUGACUUGCAAAAAACUUCCUUUGAAGAUGAAAUAAAAAAGUUGGAGCAUGAGUUAAAAAUUUUAAAGAAAUCAGAAGUCAAGAAAAACAAAAGUAAUGUUACUGCAUCAAUUGAUAGCAAUACUAUUAAACCAAGUACGAAAACUAAAUCAAGUUCAGAUAUUGGUAUCAAUGUAUCAUUGGAUGACAUCAAAUUAAAUACUAAACCUGAAGUGCAAGAAAAAAAUAUAAUGACCGAUGAAUUUUAUCAUUUGGAAGAUGAUCCAUAUCCAUUAUUUUGUGCAAAGUGCACUACCCAUUUGUACCCACUACCAAUUGAACAAAUUUGCCAAACAAUGAGUGUGUGCCCAGAUUUAAUUGAGCCAUUGUCUCCAUUAUCUGAAGAAUCAGGACAUUUAGAUGAAAAUAUCCAAAAUAAAAAAUUAAAAUAUGCAGGAAAAAAUAUUCCAAAUAAACAAUCACAGCAUUCUCAUAAAAAUACUCAAGAUAAGGAACAAGAAUGUUCAAAUAGAAAUGUUCCAAAUGAAGAAUCAGGAUGUUCAGAUAAAAACAAAACAGUUCCUAUUUCUAAAGUAUUAUCUUCAUCACACCUACCGAUACCAAUUGAUUACAAUUCAGUAGAUGACACACAUGAUCUGCAAUUUGAAUCGAGAAAUUCGUCUAUUACAGCACAAGACCUAGUGAAUGUAAAACUUAAGGACGAAAAUCACAUUAAGUAUAAGACAACUGUAACGGAUCUAUCCUGUAAUCCAAACUUAAUGACUAAGCAUUCUUCAUCAAUUAGAAACCUGGAAAAAACUAUUCAGUUGUUGAAACGUAAAAUGAAGAAUCAAGUACAAAAAACGAAGAAACAUUUACAAAAAAUGACGAAAAGAAUAAAUAAGAAACACUGUUGCCAUCGUAUCGCUACAAAUUGUAAUGUUGUUGCUUCGCAAGUAAAUUCGGAUUUACUUGCCAAUAUCUGCAAGAGUGCGAUAGAGUUCAUACUCGAUAAUAGAAAGGAAGUGCUUCCUAAAAAGGAAGAUCAUGAAAGCGGACGGAGUACUAAGCCAAAAAAACCACGUAAAUGUAACAUGAAAAAGGUGAAACUAAAACGAUUAAAUAAUCUUAAAAGCGAAUCCUCGUGGAAAGUUGAACACCUUCAUAAAACGAUUUCACUACAGGAUGUGCAAGAUGUAGUUUCCACGAACCAUGAAGACACUUUACCAGUUAUUAAUCAGUUAUCUAUUGCAGAGACAACUACUAAUCAGUCUGAUUUAUCUGAUAAAACUUUUUCAGUUCAUUCGACAGAAGACAGAUUUGCAGACGUGGAAUCUAUUGCAAAAGUGAAGCCUGGAAAUGGAGUCCUUACAGAAAUGGAGUCGGUUGCAAAAGUGCAAUCUGUUAUAGAUAAUUCUACGAUAUUGCAUAUAAGCACUGACGAGACACAUAUGAAUGUUUCACCAAAUGCAAAUAAUAUAGUAAAUACUAUAGAAUCUGUUGAUACUAGUUAUACUGCAACUGAAAUGACACUUUCGUCAUCUUACAAUGAAAGCUCCAUUAAUUGUCCUAAUGAUAAUAUUGAUGAUACAAUUACAAGAAGAAGCACACACACACAAGUCUCUAACAAUAAGAAAAAAUCCGACAAUCUACUGAUGAAAAAUCUUAGGAACUUGAAGAGGAAAAUGAAUUUAACCGUACGUUCAAAUAAACAGUUGAAGAUUGAAACCUGCUCUAGUAACAGUUGCGAAUUUUAUGAGCCGGUGAGAAAACGACGAAUCGCGCAUACCUCAAAAACGCCGUUUUCUCAAUCGGAUAAUGAAAAGAAUUCUAUUCACCAUAGAAUGGGACGUAUAGUUGAAUCUGAAGUACUCGUAAAUCCCUCACUAAAUACACAGACAUCAAAAGAUUGUACAUCGAUUAAACUAAAAACCGAUUGUACGAUGAGUGACAAACGCAUCACAAACAACUUUGUCAAAUCUACCUCAACACAUAGAUUAUUCAAUGAGAAACCUUCGAUAAAGAGCAAUGUAUUUUUUACGAAGACUGAAGAUUCUUUUGAUAAAAACAAUAUUUCUUCACUCGUUAACAGCACUGCACAAUCGUCAUCAGUAAGCGCAGCUAACGUCUUGAUUGACUCGAACACUAUUAAUAACGGCACUACAUCAACGAAGACAACAAUAAGGACAUUCAACAACUGCAACGAGUCUGAAAUAUCACGUGAUAAUAUCCUACCCAACACGACAAACAAUGAGGAGUCUAAUAGAUACGCAUUACCUAAUGUUUCCUGUGAAGAUUCGGAAAAUUAUAAAGUUACUGAUACAGUCGAGGCUACGUGCGAUACAUCGCCGCGCGUUACAUCCCAUCAUUUAGUUGUACCUACAUUAAAGUUUCUUACGAAUAAGAGUUAUGACUAUGAGAAAGACGUGGGGAAAGAUACACAUACUGAAAUGUCAAAGAAGCGAGUUACUGAAGAUCAAACGUUAGACACUCAAAUUCAAGGAGAUCAUUUAUCGGUUAACAGCGAGGAAAAUUGUGCAAUAAGUAAAGAUAAACAGAACACUGUCGAUUACAUCGGAAUAGAUGCUGAUAGAAGGUCUGUGAAGGAAGAUUUACAUUCAUCAUCAUUGAAAAAGAAAAAUAUCGAAAAUUAUAUUAAUGAUGAUAAGACAAGGAAAUCUCAUGACAAAAUAAAUAUUGAAACGGAAAAGAAAGAAAUCUGUGUUAAUAAUAAAGAAACUAGAAUAUUACAUCUCGAGAUGUCUGAGUGUACAGAGAAAAGCAUAGAAAUCACUCAUGUUGAUAAUGACGAUGACGAUAAUGAUGAUAACUUAAAAAAUGAACGGGUUAGUGAUAUCAGGGAUAAUGAUAUGAAUAUUGAUAUAAAAAAUGAUGAUGUCAAGGAUAACGAUAGUGAUACGAAUAAUGAUAUAAAAAAUGACGAUGUAAAAGACAAUGAUGGCGAUAUGAAUAAUGAUAUAAAAAAUAAUGUCAAGGAUAACGAUAAUGAUACGAAUAAUGAUAUAAUAAAUAACGAUGUAAAAGAUAAUGAUGGCAAUAUGAAUAAUGAUAUAAAAAAUAAUGACGUCGAUGAUGGUGUUAUGAAUAAUGAUAUAAAAAGUGAUGAUGAUAGGGAUGAUGAUAUUGAUACAAAUAAUGAUAUAAAAAUUGACAUAAAAAAUGAUGUUAAAGAUAACAAUAGUGAAACGAGUAGUGAUAUAAAAAAUGCUGAUGUCAAGGAUGAUAACGGUAAUGUAAAUAAUACAGAUGAAGAUGUCGACAAAAUUCUAACGCCAAAGGAUCAAUUAUUUAAAUACAUUGAGAAUAAUAUUAAAAGAGGCGUGAAAAGAUUUAUAUAUAAAAAAAGGAAGAAGGCGCGUAGCACUACUGAAUGUGCAGGUACAUUUGUAACAAAACAAUUGACGAGACUUAUGAAAAGUAACUGGCAAGAUUGUGUACAUGACGACGUUGUAGAGAAAUUACAUAGUAUUUGUGGACCUCGUAUUAUAGCCAAAUAUAUAAUUGAGUUCUUAACGCAGUAUUGUAAUAAUAACCGUAUCGAUAUGGACAAUUCAUUCACUCCACCGGCGCCAGUAAUGUCAAGAUGCGAACAAAAAAUUAUAAUGCUUUUGAUUGAUUUAGAGCGGUUGAAACCAACGGUCAUUGCUUUCAUACGAGCUGGUAUCCAGUAUAACUUAUUUAAACUAAGUAAUAAAUUAAAGGCUUCAGAAGUUGAAAUAUUCACUAGGAUAUACGUUGCACUGGCACGUCUGCAGAAUGACAGGGAAGCCGUGCGCAUCAUGUGCUGCGACGCUCUCUACUGCAUGGGUUUCCGUGCCAUAAACGUUUUGUAUAUGGCUUUAACGAGCUGGCCCGAAAUUUUUCCACAUGUCAACGAUUACAAAGGACUGUUACCAAAGUGCAUGGCCUUUCUCAUCUUGCAACAAAACGACACUGCUUACAUGAAGUUAUCAUCAUUGAAGAUGCUUAUAACGAAACAUUACCUAUAUUCUCAGGAAAUGAAACUCGACGAUAUUAUCGAUGAGCUUAUGACCGCUCUCGCAGAAACACCACAAGACGGUUUAGAGAUGGCCAUUAUACUUGUUGCGAAAAGAAACGGUCCAGAUUGGGCGUACAAGAAUAUUAUUAAAACUCCUUUAUUGCCAAUGAUCAUUUUCCGGAAAUAUCCUUGCAUGUAUAGUGCAUUUUCUUUAUUAGGGAAACUUAUGCGUUCAUUUCCAGUGACACCUUUGGAUGUCAACGUAAAGAAUAUCAGCAAACAACUCUCGGAUCUUCUUGCAUCCGGCGAAUUUUCAGAUAAUGAACAAGAAGGAAUGGCGUCUGCGUUGCUUAAUCUCUCCAGACAGGAAUUUGACGAGGUUACAACGGCUGUGAUAAAAUGGGAACCGAAAAGUUCUUUAAGACCGAGUACUAUCGCACAAAUAGAGGCACUUAUAUGGUCGCAUACUCCAGCAUUUUGGAAGACAUAUGUAAACAGGAAAAAAUUUGUUAAAAAAAAUUCAUAAUAAAAUGAUAUUCUAACUGUG